UUUUUAUCAUAAUACCUGGUUGGCAUUAGAUAGGAGGUAAUAAUGAGCUGUAGCACGCCGAGGUCGUUUGAGCGGGCGUUCAAGUUAUAUUAAGUAUCACGUGCCAUGUCACGAGCAGCCGAUACCACCAAUCACUGGCCUAGCAAUGUAAUCCCGCAGUGCACUAAGCCAUUCAUCCAAGGCAAAAGAGAGCCAUCAAAAGUGCAUCACGUCAAAAGUCGCCUCCCGCCCAAUCGACGUCCCGCCCCAGGCGAGCCUGCUCUUUGCAACUCCGUCAAUUGCAGCGAAUCCCGACGACAAUGGCGCCGACUCUCUCCGCCUCGGCAGCAGCCAUGCUCGCCAAACGCCAGCUUGCCCGAGCUCCGGCCUCCACCAGCUCGCUCAUGAUGGCGACGAGGAUGCUGGCCACUCCCUACCACCAGCAGCAGCGGGGAUAUGCGACUCCCAAGGGACCCCCGCCGCAGAACUUCCGAACGAGCAAGCAGGUCGAGUGGGUGUGGGAAAAGGACAGCCUGUUGGACCGGCUGGGCAAGUACUUCCUCAUGACCGAGAUGGCCAGAGGAAUGUACGUCCUGCUGGAGCAGUUCUUCCGACCACCCUACACCAUCUACUACCCAUUCGAAAAGGGCCCCAUUUCUCCCCGAUUCCGUGGCGAACACGCGCUGAGACGAUACCCCUCUGGUGAAGAGCGAUGCAUUGCCUGCAAGCUCUGCGAGGCCAUCUGCCCUGCCCAAGCCAUCACCAUUGAAGCCGAAGAGCGUGCCGAUGGCUCUCGCCGCACUACCCGCUACGAUAUCGACAUGACAAAGUGCAUCUACUGCGGUUUCUGCCAAGAGUCCUGCCCCGUUGACGCUAUCGUUGAAUCUCCCAACGCAGAGUACGCGACCGAGACCAGAGAAGAGCUGCUGUACAACAAGGAGAAGCUGCUGUCCAACGGAGACAAGUGGGAGCCUGAACUUGCUGCCGCCAUUCGCGCAGAUUCACCUUACCGAUAA